AGCCAAUCAGAACACACCAACGGAGUCACGAGCGCUAAUCCAGGAAUGAAAACAAACCUGUCAAGAGGCGAAUGGAAGAUGUGUGAAGGAUUGUGUUCCUCUGUAGAGUUUCUCCCGGUGAAGUGCACGUCAGCAUCCAGAAGAGAUGGAAGCGUUGGGAUCCGGAGCCGAAGCCGAUGCUGAGGAGGCCCAGAAUCACUCUGCCAUGCUGUGGAGCAUCCAGGAGGCCGUUCAGAGGCAGACGCUGCAGAUCGGGGCCUCGGCGUGCGGAGCCACGGCGGUGGUGGAUGUCUUGCAGGCGCUGGGCAUCACGGUGACUCCAGAGACGGUCGAUCACUGCGUCAGGACGAGUCUGAGGAGGAACGAGGCGCCGCUGCCCGAUUACCUGCACUCCCGCAGCGAGGCCGGGGCCACACACCUGCAGCUGGUCUCCGGGGCCCAGCAGGCCAGCGGGGGCCGUGUGGUGGGCCGGUUCUUUGGCCUGUAUCCGCGGCGGAGGGUGAAGCUGGUGCCGUGGUUGGCGCGCUGGAUUCGGCGCGGAGCCGUUCCCGUCGCCACUAUGAACAUGCAGCGGGCCGUUCCUGAAGGAGAAGAGAUUCCCGACGCCUGGCAUCACCAGCUCAUCUUCGGAGUCGCACCCGGGGCUGUGUUCAUGACCAACCCUCUGGACGUGGGUGCGUCCCAAAUCACACAUCAACAGACUUAUUAUAUGAGUGAAGAGGAUGUUCAUAAGCGUCUGUGCAGCGAGUCUGUGCUGCUCGUUCGCCGUGAAGACGUUCUGAAGCGACUGACGCCGGACGCUCAUCUAUCACAGAUCUCAGAUCAGCAUCCCGACCUGCGCUGGAAAACAUUAAACGUGGAGGACCAGAUCAGGCAGAUGAUCAGCGAGGAAGAGCAGAAUGAUGAAGAGCAUCCUAAGAUGAUGCAUCUCGCGAUUCCUGCGGCGUACAGCUCUGGAGUGACUUUCUUCGCUCUUAGAGACUCGGAUGUUGCUCAGGAGCUUCUCAGCAGCUCGGAUCUGCCUCUGCUGUGAUUUUACAUCAUCAAAUCAGCGCUUAAUUAAGUUAUUCUUGACAUUGGAUCAGUAUUUAUGUCUGUUUUUAUUCUUGGGAUUUUAAAUAGAUGUUGUCAUUUUGUGUUGACAGUGCUGAUUCACUGAUUAUUGUGUCCUUUGAGAGUUUAACGGUUGACGGCAUCGUGUUUAUCAAAUUAAAAGCAAGAAACGUACAUGUUCCCCGUUCAUGCAUUUCUAAGAGGAAAGUUUAGAUAAUGUGAUACCUGAAUUGUAAACAAAGUAAUACAAUUGCAAACAAUUUUUAGUGUUUGUGAAGCAUUUCUGAUUCAUUUCAAGCAAAUCGACUCGUUCGGACGGUUCGCUUCUGUUAAUUAUCUCAAAUGAAAUACUUUUUUUUUAUUAAAGUACACAUACAGGAUGAACUAUUACAUUGUUAUAACUAAUUUAAAAUAAUAAGCAAUACCGUAGAAGAAUAGUAAAGUCUUCAUCUUUUUUUCCCUCCAGAAGCUAUAAGAAAGUUUUGACUUUUACAUGUUAAGAACCAUAUACUUUAGCAUAUAUGUACUUAUUUACAGUUUAAGUAAGUACAGGAUUCGUAGUAGAAUUUCAUAAAGUCAAAAUUGCUAAUGGUAUUAAAUACGAAUCUUCUUUGAAUCAAAUUAAAUCCUAGAGGACAUUUAUUCUUAUGGUCCAGUCCUAUUAGAUAUUGGAUUAUCUUUAUUAUAAGAUAUACAGGUGCAUCUCAAAAAGUUCUUUAAAGUAUGUUUAUUUAUGCACUCAAUGGUCGGGGCUCGUCCAGCAUCAGUGAGGCGUGGCAUGAAAGCGAUCAGCCUGUGGCUCUGCUGAGCCUUCAGCUCGUCUGGAUUGUUGGAUCGACUGUUUCUCAUCUUUCUCUUGAAAAUAUCCCGUAGAUAUGGGGUUCAGGUCAGGCAUGUUGGCUGGCCAAUCAAGCACAGUAAUAUCAUGGUCAGAAAACCACGUGGAAGUGGUUUUGGCUCUGUGGACAGGUGCUAAAGUCCUGCUGGAAAAGGAAAUCAGCAUCUCCAUAAAGCUUGUCAGCAGAUGGAAGCAUAAAGUGCUCCAAAAUCUCCUGGUAAGCGGCUGCAUUGACUUCAGACCUGAUAAAACACAAUGGACCGACACCAGCAGACGUCACAGCGUCCCAAAUCAUCUCUGACUUCAGAAACUUCACACUGGACUUCAAGCAGCUUGGAUUCUGUGCCUCUCCAGUCUUCCUCCAGACCUUGAUUUCCAAAUGAAAUGCAAAAUUUACUUUUAUCUGAAAAGGACUUUGGACCACUGAGCAGCAGUCCAGCCCGGGUAAGAUGCUUCUGGCAUUGUCUCUGGUUCAGAAGUGGCUUGGCGGCCCUUUUCCUGAAGACGUCUGAGCUCGGUGACUCCAGCUUCAGUUCUCUCCUUGUGAAGCUCUCCCAAGCGUCUGAAUCAGCUUUGCUUGACUGUAUUCUCAAACCCUGCUGCUUGUGCAUCUUUUCCUACCCACUUUCUUCUUUCCAGUCAACUUUGCAUUUAAUAUGCUUUGAUAUUAGAAGAUUACAUACUUUUGGUUCUUUUCAGUCUCGUCUUAAAAAAUGGUUACUGACAACUCAGCACUGUCAACAUUAGUAUUGUAUUCUUGACAGUAGACUUCCUUGUGCUAAUUGCUCUUGGCUAUGUUGCCAUCUCUCUCUCUCUCUCUCUUUUCCCUCAUAUGUUUACUUUAUUUACUUAUAUUUUGUAUUUUAGUAGAGAUUUUGUUUGUGUGUGAAUUUGUUUCUGUAAAAAAAAUUCUCUCUCUUCAUAUGAUGUGUAUAUGUGUGAUGCUCUGUCUUUGUUUUUAGGGUGACCUUUUAACAUUCUGUCAAGGGUCUACAGAUGAAAAAUAGCCUUUUGGGCUAAUUCUGGCACAUUUACAGUUAUGUUUAUUAAUGUGCAUUGCCCCUUUAAAUAAAUAAAUAAACAAAUAAACAGAUAAAGCACUCUGUGAAC